UGGAGAGAGAGUGAUGACAGCCUGCAGCCCCAGCUUCCCCUCUGCUGUUGCGACACUCAGGUGCGAGGCAGCACGGGCAGAGCUUCUCGUCGGGAAGAGGGAGAGAGAGCUGCGAGCUGUGCGCGCCUUGCGGCCAAAAGCCAGUCUGUCUGUGGGUAUAAGUCCAGUGUAAGCGACCCGCUCCAACCCACUGCGCCUCUCAGUCGCCGGGAGCUGCCAUACGAGCAGGUGUCUGAGCAACGCGUGUGCAACAGAGCAUGUUGUGACAGCCAUGUCUCUGGAGAUGGAGAAGACCAUCACCAAGCUGAUGUACGACUUCCAGAGGAACUCGACCUCUGAUGAUGACUCCGGUUGCGCUCUGGAGGAAUAUGCCUGGGUCCCCCCGGGCCUCAGUCCAGAACAGGUGCAUCAGUAUUACAACUCCUUUCCUGAAGAGAAGGUUCCAUACAUUAACAGCCCUGGGGAGAAAUAUCGCAUCAAACAAUUGCUUCAUCAGUUGCCCCCACACGAUAAUGAGGUUCGUUAUUGUCACUCCUUGGAUGAGGAAGAGAAAAGAGAACUGAAGCUGUUCAGCAACCAGCGCAAGAAGGACAACCUGGGCAGAGGCAACGUCCGUCCUUUCCCCUUAACCGUUAAUGGCGGCAUCUGUGAUAAGUGCGGGGGUCAGAUCCAAGGAGGCGACAUUGUGGUGUUUGCCGCCAGGGCAGUUCAUGGAAAAUGGUGGCACCCAAAUUGCUUCGUCUGCUGCAUGUGCGAGGAAAUGUUGGUGGAUCUCAUCUACUUCCACCAGGACGGCAAGCUCUACUGCGGCCGGCACCAUGCCGAGAGGCUGAAGCCCCGCUGCUGUGCCUGUGAUGAGAUCAUCUUUGCUGAUGAGUGCACUGAGGCGGAGGGCAGACACUGGCACAUGAAGCACUUCUGCUGCUACGAGUGCGAGACCACGCUUGGGGGCCAACGUUACAUCAUGAAGGAUGGACGGCCACACUGCUGCAACUGCUUCGAGUCACUUUAUGCAGAGUACUGCGAUGCAUGUGGAGAACAUAUAGGCAUUGACCAAGGCCAGAUGACAUAUGAUGGACAGCACUGGCACGCGACUGAAGAAUGUUUUUGUUGCGCUCAUUGCAAACGUUCUCUACUCGGCCGUCCCUUCCUGCCAAAGCAGGGACAGAUCUUCUGCUCACGAUCCUGUAGCGCUGGACAGGAUCCCGAUGAGUCUGAUUCGUCAGACUCUGCCUUCCAGAGCGCCCGAUCCCGUGAGUCUCGCCACAGCACCAAAAUUGGCAAAAAGGAGCGCAGGAAUGCAGAGCAAGAGCGAAGGAGUGUUGAGGCCCGCCAAUCAGCUCCUCCCCCCAUGCCUGACCGUCUGUCCGCUGAAAUUGAUCCACUAACUGUUCAGAUGGACCGUUUAAGUGUAUCAGCCAGCCAGACCCCGAGCAGGACACCUAACCGCACUCCAAGUCGCACUCCAAGCCGCACUCCAAGUCGUGCUCCAAGCCUUAACCAGGUCUGGAUGAGCCGAGAUGACCCUUACGUUCCUGCUGCCUAUGAGGGUCCCCAGCGGGAAUCCUCUCCCACCCCGACAUCAAUUCAUCUUCUGGGUCAGUGUAACGCUCGACAGGGCUACAAUCCCACCUCAAAUGUGCAUCCUCCAGCCCAGAACCCCAUCAACCCAGGAAAGCGGCCUGAUUCCUGGGGGAAAGACCAAGGCAAAGCAAACAGGACACCAAUGGCUGCCCUAAGGGGUCACUCCUUUAAUGAUAACUGGAUGCAGCAUAGCCAGGAUGAGUUCCGGCCCAACAAGUUACGCACCCAAAUGAGUUUCAACGAGAUGUCAAGCCAGAACCAAGGAUUUUCUGACAAAAGGAGCAUUAGCCUCCAUGGAUUCCAGAGAGACGGGAGGCCCCCACUGACCAGAAGAAACCCCAUCAGUGCCAUGAGCUUCAAUGAGCCACUGACUCCAGUGGAACAGACACCUCGCGGCUCCGUGGACUCCCUCACUGUGUCGAAUGCUACAGGCAAUUCUCUGGAUGGGGUCAGCAAGCGUCAGGAGAAUUUGUCCAGGUUCUCCAUGCCUGACCUGAGCAAGGAUUCCGGUGUAAACGUGUCGGAAAAAAGCAAUAUGGGAACGCUUAGCUCUUCAGUUCAGUUCCAUAGUACAGAGUCUCUAUCCUCUUCUCGUCCCUUUAACAACAACAUGUACACCCCACACAGAGUGGGCUACCCACUGCAGUACUGGGAUGGCCCGGCACCUCUGGGUUUUCAUAGCAAAGGUCAUGGUGGGAUUAUGGGGAGCAGUGGGAACUUGCGGAUGGCUCCCAUGAGUGACAGAAUACCCCGCCGACUCAUAAAUGGGCAGGAACUCUCAUCUCAGAAUCAACAGCCUCAACCGAGACAUCGCAAACACCAUCGGGGAAGCGGGCAGCACCGCAGCGGGCGCCACCACAAACGCUCCCGUCGUUCUCGCUCUGACAACGCACUGCACCUGGUAGCUGACCGACCUACUCAAAUGGUGGAGCUGCCGUACCAUCGUGUCCAGGAGGAUUACGAUCGCUUCCCUUCUGGUCAUGCUGCUAGAGAGUUGUUUGGCCCGGAGCCAGGCGGUUGCCGACAGCAACCCCACCGGCCGUGUCCCCGCACCACUUCUGAUCUCACCCUGCAGAAUGCUGGAUGGCAGCCUGUUGAGUUGGGUGGGCCACGCUGGCACGAUGGGCACAGGCAAGCCGCUGACCCAUGGUGCUCCAGUUGCUCCUCUUCCUCUGAAUCAGAAGAAAACGAGGGCUACUUCAUGGGCGAACCCAUCCCUCGGCCCGUGCAGCUGUGCUACAUCAACAACGAGGAGCUACGCCAUCGCUACAGCCCCUCCGGAAUGGGCGGCCACCACGGACCCCUGCACGGACCCAUUCACGGCCAGCUGCAUGCCCGCCAGAGAAGGAAGAGCAAAAACUGCAUCAUUUCAUAAAUAGAAAAAAAUAAAUAAAUGAUGGUGAGGGCACAAGUAGAGAUGUAAAAGAUAUAAAAGAGACAGAUGAGGAGACAAUAAAAGCAACAGAGAGUGGGUAGCUGAGUGUGAGAUAGUGACAGAUAGCAGUGUGUGUGUUUGUAGGGGUGGACGUAAAGAGACUUUAGGCCUAUUUUUCAUGCUGUGAGGUUACACAACUCGGGAGUGUUUGUGUACACCUACACAGAGUGAGUUAACUACAAGAGGAAGCUCAGUUGUUUUACACAACAGAAAACAAAAGGAAUGUUUACAAUGUUAGAUGCCAAACAUCUGAUGCGAGCAAGAAGCACUGCUUAAUUUGACUGCGAAAUAUCAACGUGGUCAAGGUAAAUAAGAUGGUUGUGUGUGUCUGUGCUUGUGUCCAUGUUCUAGAGAGAUUGAACAAUUAAUUCCUUUACAGGUCAAAAAGGAACUGCGGUGGUGUCACAGCUCAUCGUCUCAAAAAGCCUUUGGCAUUAAAUGUGUCAAUUUGGAAAUUGCGGGAGUUGUGUCGGGCAGGUGAAAGCUACACGAUAGAUUCCAACCUGUGUCAUUGUUUUACCUCACUGGAAUCUAAAUGCGGCUGGAAUUUUGUUUUAGCUUGCUAGCCCAGUUAGCACCAUGUACAAAUAGUCUGUUGAACUUUGUGCUCUGCAUAGCCAACUCUCCAUGCUUUACCAAGGACAGAGCGCCAGGGGGCCUCUACAAAUGGGCACCCCGUUUGUGAAGCUGUUCACAGCAAAAAUAACAGCCCCAUUUUGUCACAGUUAGCUUCAAAACUUAUUUUUUUUAAAGAGCCUGCACAUUUAGAAAAAUAUUUGUCAUUUUAGUAAUCCAUCCAUCCAUCCAUUUUCUGAGCCACUUAUCCACACAAGGGUUGCGGGAGUGCUGGAGCCAAUCCCAGCUGUCAAUGGCCCAGGAGGCAGGGUACACCCAGAACUGGUCGCCAGCUCAUCGCAGGGCACAUAGAAACAAACAACCAUUCACACUCACGUUCAAUUUGGAGUCUUCAAUGAACACACCACACAUGUUUUUGGGAUGUGGGAGGAAAGCGUGGCUGUUAGCUUGCUUUGUUGCUUAAGAAAAGAGGCUAAAGUCCCAGCAGCCAGCAAGGACCUCCGAAGGAAGAAUCGCCAUCUUUCAGUUCCACCAUCCAUAACUCAAUCUUUCAGUUCCACCAUCCAUAACUCAUUGCAGAGCUUCGGCGAAAGGACUUCAUAAAAGUGACACUAAACACUCAAAAUACUCCUCAAAUAAAGUUUCUUUAACUGCUUUGUUAUUUCAAGUAGUGAUCAUUAGAUGUGUUUUAUAUGUUACUACGCUACAAACACACAGCUUUUGUUUUGUUACGUCCAUUUCUUGGCUGUGUGGAGCUGCAUAUUUGCUGAAUAUUUAUUUCAACUUGAAUCUUUUCUAUUUAACGUUGAAUUAAAAUAUAGAUUUGACAUUCGCUUUUAAUAUUUACAUUUAAAUAUAAGAUACUGUACUAUAAGAUACUGUGUAUAGAUUUACCAUUUAUACAUACAUUUACGAUUCAGUUUUCACAUGUACAUUUAAAUUCAGAUAGAAGAUAUAUAUAUAACUAUGACUUAUAUUCAGGAGUUCUAUUUAGAUAUUUAGCAUUUAGAAUCGGAACUUAGAUGUCACAUCAAAUAUUUGGAUUCAACUAUAAGGAUGACAAGAAUUGUUCUAAAUGUGCAACCAGAAAAAAACUACACUUGAAAAUUUACACCAUUUUUUUUCCAACACUGUGUGAAGCCAAAUGUGACAAAAAUGUUUUUCUGUAUUCUCGCGUGAGCCACUUUCCAAUCGGCAUCCCACAGUUCUCUGCUCCUUGACCAUUCAGGCACAGUAACGUCAGGUAUGGUCCCGUUUUCUCUUCUGCAACAUGCUUUGUUUAUUGAGAGUACCUUUUAGGCAAGUAUACAUAAAGAUAAUAAUCCUAACAAUAGUGAAAUAAUAACAAAUAAUGCAAAUAAUAAUCUUAUGGACAUUAAAAAGAAUACCUAUUAAAUGUUUAUAUAGUAAUACACACAUUAACGCAAUGGAUAUAGUAAUGUAAAUGUCAUGUAUAUAUGGUCUUAAAUAUCUCUAUAUUUUGUAACUAAAGAACCAUUAUUUGUAUAUCAUUUAGAGAUAGGAUAGUUGCAUGUAAUUAUGUUGUUGUCGCAUAUUUAAAAUAAAGUGUACUUCUAUGAACACCCAUGGAGCCAUAUUUUUGUAGAGAGAUUUUUGUGCAACCUUUAUUGGGUCCUCAGGGACAAAUUCAAAAAUUACUUUUCUGACGUUGUUUGAAGUCACUGACUAGUCAGACAUUGCUCUUAGCAUCAGAUACAGUGAGAUAUUUACUAAUCUAAUUGUGUCCCGUAUUCAGGACUCUCUGCUACAUCAACCAUCAACCAACACAUUUAAAAAAAAAAAAAACUGGCUGCUGUUGGUUUAGUGGCAGUAGAAUUUAGUACGAUCCAUUUCGUGUUACCUUUGUUCCGCGCUUGCUUGUUGAAAGCUAUACUGGAGUGUUUGGGCUUUCCAUUUAUGUUCAAGCUUGAAAUCUAUUUUGUUUUCCACUCUUCAUCAUCACA